AGGUUUGGAUUUCUCACCAUUGGACUGUUAUUCUGUGGACUUGCAGCUGCGAGGAAUAACUUCCCAGAUUUCUUAAUGGAAAAAGAGAAAUCUUUCAACGAGAUCGACACACCGGUCGGUCACUUGAUCUCAGCUCCUCUAGACAUGGGAGAGAUGCCUUGCCAAAUGGAUGUCAAAAUCAUUGAGCGCGUAAUUGGAAAAUGUGAGAGAAGAGGUGGUUCGGAAGCUUGCAUCGCAGGUUCUUACGUUAUUCCCAACCAUCACGACUGUAUCAUGAAUCGAUAGAUCAACACCGGAUAUUUUACCAAAUAAUAUUAUUUAUAUAGUCAAUAAAUUGUAAUUAUAUUCAAACCAAU